AUGGAGCAUAUGGUUGUCCCUAUGAAGAAGGUUUCUUUUCACAAGAGAGGCGUAAGUAAUGGACCAAAGGCUCUAAAACCCAUUCCAGUGAUUAUUCGUUGCAAGGCUUGUGGUCGAGUCAAGUUGCCACAUUUCUUUUGUUCCGUAGGGAUUAAGCAGAACCCUGGUGAAGAGAACAAUUCUACCGGUUGAUCAAAUUGAAGGGAUAUUUUCUUCAUUUUCAAAUCCCUUUCUUUGUAGUAGAAUCUCCGAUUAGAAACUAGGAAGGUUACGUUAUAUCAUGCCCGUAUUGCGUACAAUAGUGUAGUCAUUGCGGCAUGUACUCAAAUUCCAUGUUAAGUAG